AUGUCAGCGUGCGUGGUGGAGGAAGGUCGGGAGGAAGGUGGUGGUUGCGAUAUUGACUUGAGUGAGAUCCCUGAACCACCACGGCGGGAGGUGCUUUUAAGUGCGCGAGGACGCCGCGCCUGUUCCGAGCAAGGACCGCAUCAGAACUACCCACAACACGGCACAUCACAUUUGUGGGGUGCAAACAAUAAUCGUCGAGGUUGGAGUCGCAAGCGCACAUCAGCCCCACAAAUGGGGAAUACACAGGGCUCCAUGCCACGAGUGGGCCUAGUGCUACGGUCCAGGCGUAGCUGGCCGGUCGCUCCUCAGUCGUAUCGCAGGUAA